AUGGACCGGUCGUUAUCUUCAUUACCAUGGAAAGCAAUGAACAGCAUGGAACCUGGAGGAAGAUUGCCAGUUGCCUCGGGGUUUGGCAUUUGGACACUCGCUCGCAUCACAGAGGCCUCUUCCGUCUCUCGUACUAUGAAACAGAACUUUUUAUUAUAGGUUACCCCUUCAGUGACUAUAGUUACCUGAAGCCAUGGUGGAUACAUGUCAUGCAGGAAGCGGACGAGAAAGAAGAAAACCUAAUUAUGGAGAGGACUCUGGAUAAUCGCCUGUGGUUCCGGCGUCCCGAGCUGGAGCGGUUUUCACCCUUCCUUCUGCUGCAGCGGAGCACGCCGGAGCCUGCUGUGGGAUGAACUGACGACCCGAUCGUA